UACCAGUAAUAACUUCUUGGAUUGRCUAGCAAUCAAAAUAUUCUAUAUUUUUCUCACACAAUCCCCAAGGAARAUUAACAAGAAUGGCAUCGGCAGCAGCUUCGCGCGCUCGAGUCUGUAGGUCUCGUCUCUCACAUUGAUAAUCCGUUCCAAAGCGAUCGUGGUUGUAAGAAGAUUGCGAGGAUUCCUCGCGGCUGGAGGAGCAACACCUUGAUUCUGGUUCCAUCGUUUGCUCACGCCGUUCUUUGUUUCGAUCGAUCGAURAAUGUUUCCCUCCUUUUCAACUGCAGUUGCUGGGUUUCGUCGCUUGAACCGAGCCCGCAUCCAGCUCUUUCGGGGAGACGACCACGCCAUGAGCGAAUCSCGGAUCCAAAUGCGGGCGCAAUUCGACGCCAAUCGUUCCGUCCCCACUUCCGGUCCGCUGUUUGAGGAAUUGGUGAAGGGAAUGGACGAAGCAGCCCACAUGCUGACGCACGAGAUCGUGCGAGGGGAUCUUAACGAGGAGACGGGGCGGUAUGGUAGGUACAAUGCUAAGGACUAGUUUUAGAAAGUAGGCGAGAAAAAUCUGCCUCCUUUUGUUUCAUCUUGUGCUUCUUUGAACUCAUGCUGUUGCUUCGUUACUCCUACUAUUGUGUCCUGCAGACGUGAAGAUCAAGCGAGAACACGUGCAAGGAUCGGACGACCCAUCGGGGAACAUCAAACCCGAAAUCGAACCCAUCACCGAGGAUACCGUGCGGAGGAUGGAAAAUCCCGGAUCGGUGGAAGUAGAAGUGUGCAAAAGCUCUUCUUCUGCCGGCARCAAAUGAUGUCGGUGGCAACUUGUUGCGAUGAUCGGACAGCUGAUACACAACGCAUGGUGUGAUAAUGAUCUACGCCAAAGCGAUAGAUUMUUUUCUCGUGGGUUCGAAGCGCGCAAUCAUGGUGAAGGUUAUUAUCAUCUUGAAUGAUGCCAGCAGCACCUUGAAGUUUACCUGUAUACCGUGGAUAUUGGGAAGAUCAUGCUGCUUGCUUCGAGGCUUCGAAAUCGAUGCAGCGAAAUGGUUUCCUUCUACUUCUACCUUCUUAAUACAGCCGAUUUUACUACAGUGCUUUAUAUAUUAUUUCAACAAGAAGACAUUACCAUUUAUCACAACUAAUGAUGCUAGYAUUGUGAAGCAAUUACUCCGUUAUAAAAAAAAUUUUAAACUAGGACUGGUUAUGUGCUUUCAUUUCAGCUGAUGGCAAAAAUGACACGCCGAACAGUUUGACAGUAGGCUACUUCACAAUAAAUUGUGAGAUGGCUGAUCAAUCAAGGAUGCUGAUUCAGCUCGUUUGAUUUCAAUUCGGCUCGUCUCCAACAAUYAAUCAAUAGGUGAUAUUUUGUGAUGUAGUACCUCGUGCAUAGCAUCGUAUCGGUGACGGCUGUUCAUGGUACCUUAUUGAUCGAGCCUUUACCCACGUGCCCGUUGUCGGUACCAAAACCCAUCGAUUAGAAUAUUUACUGAUCAAGGGACCCAUACAAUGCAACACAAAAGAACAAGAAUUCCAUUGCUUCCUUAUUCUUCUUUUCGUUUUAUUUUAUUUUCACGUUGAAGGAACACGCCGCCAUGUUUUGACCGUCCGCCAAAAAAUCGCAAGAAACGACCGCCGGAAUCCCCAGGUUGGCCAAGGCGCCCCGAACAAUGCCGCAGGGAAAAGCGAGCAUCUGAAUGGCGGUUAUUCUUGAGUUUUCUCGAUUUGCGGGCAAUCCCUCCAGCCAACGCAGCUUCAUGUCCUUCAAUACAAAUACGCCCCUGUGAUUGGUUUGCAACUUGUCGAUUUGCUUCCGAAAGACCUCGAUCCAAACCUCCUUGCAUAGAAACUUGACGGCCUCCAACUGAGCUGCGGCCGCAACAGAGGAAGGAUCCUUCCCGCCCGCGGAAAACAGCCUGUUUUGGGACAAUCUCUCGCACAAACGAAAGCCCACCGAAUAUCCCAUCCGUUCCAUUUUAGCCGCCGCCAUUUCCUUGGCGAAAAUGGCAUCCUCUGGGGAMUCACUCUUUGGCGGUGUCGAUCGUUCCACAUAACGCAAGACCUCGGUCAUCAAGAAUUCGAACGAAGCGUCGGAAACGUGGAGUUGUCUGUCCGAUGAAGAUGACGAAGAUGUCAUGGACGAUACAGACGAUCGUUGAGGCGGCCGGGCCAUUGCAAUAUUAU